AUGCCUCCACGUAAAGUACGAACUGACCCAGGUGACCUUGACGCGCAGGCCAGCUCGGAUGAAGAACCUGGAAGAUCUUCGUCAGUGCUCAUGUCUGGGGACCAGCUGACUUCAUUUCUGACCGCCUUCGCGAACACUCAGGCGGAAGCAAAUCGGCAGCUCGUCGAAUCCCUCAUGGCAUCGCACGCGGCGCGUGGUUAUACCGCGACGCCCUCACCGACACCGUCGUCGUCAACUAGUAAAUCAGGCAACAUGUCCAAGUGUACGGCACGUUUUGAUGGUCAAAACCGAGACCCUGAAAUGGUAGAAGCCUUCAUUGACUCCGUCGAAAUGUAUAAGGAGUGUGCAUUGGUUACCGAUGACCUUGCGCUUCGUGGUCUCCCGAUGCUGCUACACGGCGAGGCUGCAGUAUGGUGGAGAGGGAUCCGGACGGAGGUGUCCUCGUGGUCCGAAGCCGUCAAACGACUACGUAGUAUGUACGGUACUCCGUGUCCUGCUCAUAAGCUGUAUCGAAAGAUAUUCGCAAACGAACAAAAUGAAGAACUCGCGGACUCCUUCAUUGUACGUUUACGAGGUAUGAUCACUAAGUUACCUUACGUAUUACCCGAAGAAGCUAAGUUAGAUAUUAUAUACGGAUUAUUACAUAAACGUAUUCGAAAGCGAUUACCCCGGGACACGGUUAACACUAUUGAGUCGCUAAUCGACAAAGCCCGAGAUAUAGAAGAAUCUAUCACGGAACAUUCCAACGCAAGUACUUCCUCGCAGUCGGCGCCAACGGAGACGACGCAGCCGCCCGCGCGCUGCGCGCAGGCCGGCCCGCGGCCGCCGCGCGCUGCUGCUCCGUGCAUCAAUUCGGCGGGAAACGGUGCAAUGACCCGACGCUCAGUGGUGCGUUAG